GCUCACCCACUACAGUAGCUCACCCACUACAGUUGCUCACCCAUUGGUACCUCAGCACGCGUCAAGAAUGUGGCGACUUCAGUUGCUAGUCGUGCUCGUCACUCUCAGCGUCGUGCAGUGUGAUCAUCACCUCUGCCCUAGCGGAUACAGUCGUGGGCAAUAUCUCGAUGCAUCGACACAGAAGUAUCUUCUCUGCUGGAAGGUGGAUUGGUCUGACAGGUCGAUCACCUUCUCAGCCAAAGUUGCCACGACAGGAUGGAUAGGGCUCGGUUUCUCACCAACAGGCUUCAUGCCCAACUCCGAUAUAGUCAUCGGAUGGGUGAAAGACGGUCAAGGAUACUUGAAGGAUCGUUUUGCAACUGCGAGGGCACAGCCGCCAAUUGACGACAUUCAAAACGUCAGACUGCUGUCGUUCAGUGAAGCAGACGGAAUGACGACGCUGGAAUUCAAACGAGACUUGGAGGCGUGCGAGCCGAAGGACAGAAGCAUUGAGGAAGGAACCACUCGAGUCAUCUUUUCAUACAACCCCAACGAUCCCACAUCAGAAACAGUAUUAGACAAGCACACAUUUGCUCAGAGAGUCAGUGUUAACCUACUGAGUGGAACAGGCAAUGUAGAACCGGCGCCUUUGGAACCGGACCACCAGACUUUCGACGUUCUCAAUCACAAUGUAUCUGUGCCUGCUCAGCCCACGACCUACUGGUGCACUCCAUACAAGCUGCCUCAACUGCAGAACGAAGCUCAUAUAAUAAGAUUUGAACCAGUAGUGCAAGCAAAUCACGAGGAACUAGUGCAUCACAUUCUAAUUUACACGUGCCAUGAUAGCAUCGUUCCUUACCUCGAUAUGUCAUGGGAUUGCGACAAUCCACCAGAUUCCGUACCGGGUUCCGUUCGAGGAUGCCGUGGAACGUCGCAAAUUGCAGCAUGGGCCGUUGGAGGCGCAGGUAUUACUUUCCCAUCGCAAGUGGGUCUUCCCAUGAGCGGUCAGACUGGCGCCCAAUACGUUAUGAUGGAAACUCAUUACAACAACGAGGCAAGCAGCGCAGACUACGUGGACAGCUCUGGAAUACGAAUAUAUUACACUCCAACCAAACGGCAAUACGACGGUGCAGUUUUAGAAUUUGGUCACACAGUAUCUGCUAAUCUCUUCUUGCCGCCUGGCCAAGAUGACAUCAUAACAAGAAAUUUAUGCCCUGCACCCUGCACUAAAGUGGGGCUUCCUCCAGCCGGAGUGAAUGUAUUUGGUACAAUGCUCCAUUCUCAUACUGUCGGCAAAGGAAUUUGGAUUGAGCACAGUCGCAAUGGCGUCCAACUUCCCAAUAUUGACAGCAACUACAAUUACGACUUCAACUUUCAGGAUGUGGUGCUGCUGAGAAAUGAAGUCAAGAUUUUACCUGGAGACGAUGUUCAGGUAGUUUGCGACUACGACACAUCAUCUAGAACGCAAGUGACCACUGGUGGAGAAGGCACCUUGGACGAGAUGUGUCUCGCUUUUUUCCUAGUGUAUCCUCGACCGCAGCUUCAUUACUGCCAGAGCCAAAUUGAUAGUUCGGUGUUUUACAAUUAUAUUUUUUUCCAGGCUGCGACCAAAGGCUAUUUUACAAACUUGAUAAACUCUUCAGCAGAUGAGGCAACUCAAGGAAGGCAGUUUGAAGAAAGUAUUAAAAACAUGGACUGGAGCAGCGACGGCGCGUACACUCUCUGGAAUGAUUCAUACUGGUCUUCUAAGAGUAGGGAGUACUUUUGUAAUGGUCCGUUUCACGAUAACUUAUUGGGAGCAGAGGAUGGCAAUACGACCAUGUUGCCUCAAAUUACUCAGCCCCUGUCUGAUGCUCCUACAACUGGAACACCCAAACCCUGCACAAGCGUUUCAAGUACAUCAGCUCACCAGACAGAAACUCCCCAGACAAGAUCUCCAACCAGCUCGGCUCUUGAGUUGAUGUCUAGUCUGCUCUUGGUUGCUGUUUUGCCUUUGGUGGCAAAAGCGGUAGGGUACUAUUGACGGAAGGAACAAAACGUUGACACGAGAACUGUUUGUGUUUGGUCUCUUACGUGUUGCUAGAACUGUGCCGUUUGCAAUGACUGAUUUCUUUUUAACUGUUGCUGAUGCGUGUUUCAAUCCUAGAGCUUAACAGUAAUGUUAGCUACAAUUGAGUAGAUGGUAGUGUAAUAUGCAUUCGUGUGCCGAAUAGAAAGCUUGAAAUGUUUGAA